AAGUAUGGUCUUUUUAUCGGCGAGAAGCGGGGGAUGAGCUGUGAGUGUCCAACAGCGAAGGGUUUAAGCAACAGCAGGUCGAAUGGAGAGCGUGAGAUCCACAGGCAUUGGGAAUCCAAGAUUGCUUACUCCGCCAAUAUUCCCCCAUCCACCCCAAAGAAAAUCCUCCAAACUCACUUACACCACCACCUGCUCCGCCAGCAAAUGGGCCGAUCGUCUCUUCAGCGACUUCCAGUUCUUGAGCGCCACCGCCGAUACCUCCUCCGACCUUCAUCAUUCCCUCUCCUCUUCCACUGCCAUCCUCGCUCCUCCUUCCCCAGCCAAUCUCGCCCCUCCUGAGCGCCACGUGCCCAUUCCUCUCCACUUCUAUCAGGUGUUAGGAGCUGAGACACAUUUCCUUGGAGAUGGUAUAAAGAGAGCUUAUGAAGCUAGGGUUUCUAAACAGCCUCAGUACGGCUUCAGUCAAGAUGCAUUGAUCAGUCGUAGGCAGAUUCUCCAAGCCGCAUGUGAAACCCUAGCGGAUUCCAAAUCAAGAAUAGAAUAUAAUCAACGGUUGAUCGAUGACGAGCAGGAUACUAUCAUCACUGAAGUCCCAUGGGACAAGGUUCCUGGGGCUCUAUGCGUGUUGCAAGAAGCAGGGGAGAUUGAGGUUGUUCUUGAAAUUGGAGACAAACUGCUUCGAGAGAGACUGCCUAAGUCAUUCAAGCAAGACGUUGUGCUUGCUAUGGCGCUUGCUUAUGUGGACAUGUCGAGGGAUGCUAUGGCAUUGAAUCCCCCAGACUUUAUCCGAGGUUGUGAGAUGCUGGAGAGAGCAUUGAAGCUCUUGCAGGAGGAAGGGGCUAGCAGCCUUGCACCGGAUUUACAAGCACAAAUUGAUGAGACAUUGGAGGAGAUCUCGCCUCGAGUUGUCCUUGAACUUCUAGCCUUGCCUCUUGGUGAUGAAUACUGGAUGAAACGGGCAGAGGGUCUCCAUGGAGUGCGCAAUAUACUAUGGGCUGUUGGAGGAGGGGGAGCUGCACCUGUUGCUGGAGGAUUCACCCGUGAAGAUUUCAUGAUUGAGGCCUUCUUGCACAUGACAGCUGCUGAGCAGGUUGAUCUGUUUGUAGCCACACCAAAUAAUAUCCCUGCAGAAAGGUUUGAAGUUUAUGGAGUGGCACUUGCCCUUGUUGCUCAAGCUGUUGCUGGCAAAAAGCCUCAUCUUAUCCCGGAUGCUGAUAGCCAAUUCCAACAACUUCAACAGAUGAAGGUAUCAAAUCAAGGGAGUGCUGUCUCUGUCUACAGUGCUGAACAAAACCAUGAGAUAGAUUUUGCUCUUGAGAGGGGUCUUUGUUCACUUCUUGUAGGGGAGCUUGAUGACUGUCGCGUAUGGUUUGGCUUGGACAGUGAGAGUUCACCUUACAGGAAUCCACCCAUUGUAGAUUUUGUGAUGCAAAAUUCACAGGGUGAUGAUGACAAUGAUCUUCCUGGGCUUUGCAAACUACUGGAGACCUGGUUGAUGGAAGUGGUUUUUCCUAGAUUUAGAGACACCAAAGAUAUACAGUUCAAGCUUCGAGACUAUUAUGAUGAUCCUACCAUCUUAAGAUAUUUAGAGAGGCAGGAGGGACUUGGUCAUUCACCCUUGGCUGCAGCUGCAGCCAUAGUGAGGAUUGGUGCUGAGGCUACUGCUGUUAUUGAUCAUGUGAAGGCUAGUGCAAUUCAGGCAUUGCAGAAGGUCUUUCCUGUCAGUCAGAAGGGUGCGAAUACAGGAUUAGAAGAAAAUAGAGGUUUUGAUUAUCCUCUUCCUUCUGUAGAGGGUGAAGCGCCUUCACAAGAACUUGAUGCUAAUGAUCCUGCCAUAAAGGGUGAAACUUCUGGAAAGGAUAGUCAUAAUGAAGUGCCUGAAGAAGAUUUGAUUGUUGAGAGAAUAAAAGAUGCUAGUAUGAAGAUCAUGUGUGCUGGGGUGGCAAUUGGAUUGAUGACUUUAGCUGGCUUGAAAUAUUUGCCUGCUAGGAAUGGCUCAUUCGUUCGUCGUAGUGAAAUUGGUUCGGCGAUGGCCUCCAACACCAUCAAUGUGGGGUUCUCUCUAGAUGACAAAUCUGUUGAGGAAAUGCCCAGAAUGGAUACAAGGUUUGCAGAGGAUAUGGUUCGCAAGUGGCAGAACAUCAAAUCUCAGGCUUUUGGGCCUGACCACUAUUUAGGAAAGCUGCCCGAGGUGUUGGAUGGUCAGAUGUUAAAAACAUGGACUAAUCGUGCGGCUGAAAUAGCACAGCUUGGUUGGGUAUAUGAAUAUCAGCUGUUGGAUCUGACCAUUGACAGCGUGACCGUGUCUUUAGAUGGGCAACAUGCGGUAGUGGAAGCAACUCUCAAAGAGUCGGCAUCCUUGAUUGAUGAAGUUCACGCAGAGAACAAUGCCUCGAACAUCACAACUUACACAACGAGAUACGAGAUGUCAUGCUCAAAUUCAGGAUGGAAAAUCACCAAAGGAGCAAUAAUGAUGUAAAAGGAGACAUCAUUUGAUUGUAAAUUCCAUCAGAAUCAACUUUUUCACAACCUAGUUUUAUUUUCAUUUUUAUUUUUAUUGUUA